ACUUAUUAUUAUAUAUCGUAGCAUGACCACUUUUACAUUCAUAUAUACCACGUAGCAACCUUUCUAGUAAAUAAUUCUAAAUUUUUUAUUUCAGAUAUUUGACUAAAUUUAUUUUCCAAGGUUUGACUCCAAUCUUACUAACAAGAAGUAAUAGAGUACUGGUCAGUUUUAAGCAAGUUUUGAUUUAAGAGAAUCAAGCCCUUAUUUGCAAGAAAUAAAAUCUGUCAAAGAUGGUGAAGUUCACAGCUGAUGAACUUCGGGCGAUCAUGGACCUCAAACAUAACAUUCGGAAUAUGUCGGUUAUUGCUCAUGUUGAUCAUGGAAAAUCAACUUUAACUGAUUCUCUUGUGGCGGCGGCUGGUAUUAUAGCACAAGAGGUUGCAGGAGAUGUUAGGAUGACAGAUACCCGUCAAGACGAAGCUGAGCGCGGUAUAACAAUCAAGUCAACCGGUAUCUCUCUUUACUAUGAGAUGAGUGAUGGUGAUUUGAAGAACUUCAAAGGUGAACGUGAAGGGAACAAGUACCUUAUAAAUCUCAUCGACUCUCCUGGGCAUGUCGAUUUCUCAUCUGAGGUCACGGCUGCACUUCGCAUUACUGAUGGAGCACUUGUGGUGGUGGAUUGUGUCGAAGGGGUAUGUGUACAGACUGAAACAGUGUUGAGACAAGCACUGGGAGAAAGGAUUAAACCUGUUUUAACUGUCAACAAAAUGGAUAGGUGUUUUCUCGAGCUUCAACUUGAUCCAGAAGAGGCAUACUUGACAAUACAGAGGGUCAUUGAGAGUGCUAAUGUGAUCAUGGCUACAUAUGAAGAUCCAUUGCUUGGUGAUGUUCAAGUGUAUCCUGAGAAAGGAACUGUUGCUUUCUCUGCUGGUUUGCAUGGUUGGGCAUUUACCCUCACAAACUUUGCGAAGAUGUAUGCCUCCAAAUUUGGUGUUGACGAGUCAAAGAUGAUGGAGAGGCUCUGGGGUGAAAAUUUCUUUGAUCCUGCCACUAAGAAAUGGACCACCAAGAAUACUGGUUCAGCUACUUGCAAAAGAGGGUUUGUUCAGUUCUGUUAUGACCCAAUCAAGCAGAUUAUUGAACUUUGUAUGACUGAUCAGAAGGAUAAGCUGUGGCCAAUGCUGCAGAAGCUCAAGGUGAAUUUGAAGUCAGAGGAGAAAGAAUUAACAGGAAAAGCUUUGAUGAAGCGUGUUAUGCAAAGCUGGCUCCCGGCUAGUAGUGCCCUUUUAGAGAUGAUGAUUUUCCAUCUUCCUUCUCCUUCCAAGGCUCAAAAAUACCGUGUCGAUAAUUUGUAUGAGGGUCCCCUUGACGAUCCUUAUGCUUCUGCAAUCCGAAAUUGUGAUCCUGAAGGACCUUUAAUGCUUUAUGUUUCAAAGAUGAUUCCUGCCUCUGAUAAGGGUAGGUUUUAUGCUUUUGGUCGUGUGUUUUCAGGUAAGGUUUCAACUGGUACAAAGGUCAGGAUUAUGGGACCAAAUUACAUCCCCGGGGAGAAGAAAGAUCUGUAUGUGAAAAGUGUUCAAAGAACGGUUAUUUGGAUGGGAAAGAAGCAAGAAACCGUGGAGGAUGUCCCUUGUGGUAAUACAGUUGCCAUGGUAGGUUUAGAUCAAUUCAUUACCAAGAAUGCUACUUUAACAAAUGAGAAAGAAAUCGAUGCACAUCCUAUUCGAGCUAUGAAAUUUUCAGUGUCACCUGUGGUAAGUGUAGCAGUUACAUGCAAGGUAGCAUCAGAAAUUCCCAAGCUUGUCGAUGGCCUUAAACGGUUAGCGAAGUCAGAUCCCAUGGUGGUGUGCACAAUUUCAGAGACUGGAGAGCAUAUCGUAGCUGCAGCUGGUGAGCUGCACCUUGAAAUCUGCUUGAAGGAUUUGCAGGAUGAUUUCAUGAAUGGAGCUGAGAUUUCAAUAUCCGACCCUAUUGUCUCUUUCCGCGAGACUGUGCUCGAGAAAUCUAGCCAUAUUGUGAUGAGCAAGUCACCAAACAGACACAACCGUUUAUAUAUGGAAGCAAGGCCAAUGGAGGAAGGGCUUGCACAGGCCAUUGACGAUGGAAGGAUUGGAUUGAGAGAUGACCCGAAAAACCGUACUAAAAUACUGUCUGAAGAGUUUAGUUGGGACAAGGAUCUCACCAGGAAAAUAUGGUGUUUCGGUCCCGACACAACAGGUCCCAACAUGGUGGUAGAUACAUGUAAAGGCGUACAAUAUCUGAAUGAAAUCAAGGACUCUGUUGUUACUGGAUUCCAGUCGGCAUCAAAACAAGGUCCAAUGGCUGGCGAGAGCAUGCGUGGGGUUUGUUUCGAGAUUUGCGACGUUGUUCUUCAUUCCGAUGCCAUUCACAGAGGAGGUGGUCAGAUCACUCCAACAGCUAGAAGGGUGUGCUAUGCAGCCAUGCUUACAGCAAAGCCGAGACUUCUAGAGCCAGUGUAUCUGGUGGAAAUACAAGCACCUGAGCAUGCUCUUGGAGGUAUAUACAGUGUUCUUAAUCAGAGAAGAGGGCAUGUUGUUGAGGCAAUCCAGAGGCCUAACACUCCACUUUACAAUGUCAAGGCACAUUUACCUGUUAUCGAGUCAUUUAAAUUCAAUGAAGCACUGAGGGCUCAAACAGGAGGACAAGCUUUCCCUCAGUUGGUAUUUGACCAUUGGGAUUUGGUGCCAUCUGAUCCACUGGAACCUGGGACUCCAGCAGCUGCACGUGUUAUCGAUAUAAGAAGAAAGAAAGGUUUGAAGGAACAAAUAACGCCUCUCACCGACUUUGAGGACAAGCUUUGAAGUUCACUUCUUAGAAACCAUUUUUCUACAAUUUCAUUUUUGUUUCCUGUUUUUCAUAUUUUGUCUGUUAUUUUAAUAGUACUUUCUAGAUACUACCAAUAGUUGUUUAUAUCUUUAAUAUUAAUACAAUUUCGUCUUUUAAUUUUUAUCUUA